AUGCUGGAGAAGAGUCUUCGUGACGAUUCGUCGGAUUCUGGGCGUGGAUUCUCGAAUCAGAUCACCUUCAAAGCCACGUCGAAGACUCCACAUUGGCGUGUUGAAGAUAACAACCACAAGGUGCAUAAGCCGACUGCGCCAGCCGGCUCCAUCAAGGUGUACAUCAGGGUUCGGUUCCGGUAUGAUGAGGUAGGUUUUUUUACUUUGAAAAAAAAGUUCUUGCCAUUUUUUGUUUUGUAAAGAAAGUUCUUGCCGUUAUAUGUUUUGUAAAAAAAGUUUUUGCCAUUUUGUGUUUUGUAAAAAAAGUUCUUGCUAUUUCUUAGCUUGUAAAGAAAGUUAUUGCAAUUUUGUGUUUUGUAAAGAAAGUUCUUGCCAUUUUUCUUUGACCUUUUAAAUAGUUUGCUCAAUUCAGAUCCGCUAUUGCAAGUUCUUAUACAACAAGGCAGCCGACACGCCAAAACCGACCGACCUCAACCAUCUGGACGAGCUCGCGAAGGCCAAGAUCCUGAAGGACAACGAGCUGAUGAUUCUCCGCUAUGCACUGGGUCAGGUUCUUGAAGGCAAAUGCACUUUCGAUAGCAUCAACGAGAAGAUUGACGGCGCCAAGAAAGAGGGAAACACCAUCGUUCUGACAGUACCAACCGGCCUGGUACCGCCUACUGGAGCACCGGAAAACUUGAACGGAUGCGCUCAGAUCAUCCUCAUUGGAGAUUGA